UGCUCAUCGCUGUAAACUGCUCAACAUGCAGACAAAGUGGAGGAAUGUACUACUCCAUUUGCAUGCACCUGUUACACAGAAAAAAUGCAUGCUUGACCGAGUUACAUAAUAAUGAGUGAUGCCUAUUGCAAUGUAUUUUGACAACUGUCAACUUCAUUGAGUCUCUGAUUCCGAGUGAUCAUGGGGAUCCUAGAAUGAUUCUAAGUAAGAGAUGUUGCCAAUUUCCAUUGGAUAAAUCAUGCUGUAAGUAGAAAUGCAAUACCUACAUGUUGCCAACAGUAAAAAGUCUGGGUAUAUAGCAACAGUGGAAAGUCCGUCGGUACCAACAGUAAAAAGUCUGGGUAAAAAACAACAGUGGAAAGUCCGUCGGUACCAAUUAACAGUAAAAAGUCUGGGUAUAACAACAUUGAAAAGUCUGUCGCUACCAACAGUGGAAAGUCUUGGUAGCAACAUGCACUCUCUAAAUUAGUUUUCACAGAAAAACAGUAUUGUUGUAUUUAGAAUGUAGGUGUCACAGCUAGUGCAUAUCACAAUUAAUACACAAGAGUGAAGGCAAUUGGCUUUUAUAUAACAAUUGUGAGACUCACAAUGCACAGUGAAUACCUAUAUAUAUUUGGUUUUUCCAAGAACCCAUGUUUAUUAGUGAUAUUGGCCCCAGACAAAGGAAGAGGAAAUUCACCUCACUAAUUAUUGCCUCUUGUGUCUUUGUCCAAUAUUGCUUUCUUCCUUAUUUUAUCCAAAUACAUGUAUUAUUGACUAACCAAGUCCAUAGAUACCAUAUGUAUAUGAAAAAAAUUCUUUAAUUAAUUGUUAGUUUAUACUGCAGCACUGCAUGAACACCAACUGUAAGAGGAAAUUGACAUUGAAGUUUUAAGGAUAGCUAGAACUGGUUGCUUAACAUGCAAUUAUACGCUCAAGUGACUUUGAAGGUCAUAUACAAUACAUAUCCAAUGACAUUUAAGUGAUAGAUUUCAAUUUUGAAAAUACAUGAGAGUAAUCUCUACUGCGAUGCUUCAUGCUGCCAAUUACUUCUCAUCAUGAAGAACUUAUUUUAAAUGUGUUUUAUGAAGUAUGCUGGCUUGAAGUGUCCCAGUUCAUGACCCUCAUGUAUUUUCAAUAAUGAAAGAAAGUGGGUGCAUUAGAUGUAGAUUCAGCAGAGCGAGAAAGUUUUAUCAAUGAUAAUUGGGAACAUCUUUCAAUUAUUUAUUUGGUUUCCAUGUGACUUUGAAAUGGGUAAAUGUAUUUUGAAAUGCAUUUGGUUUUACCAGCUAGAAGAUGUGUCCGAAUAUAGCAACAUGACAAAUUUGACGGAAAAUUUGCCUCAUAAUUUUCACCCUUGUUUAAAAAUGAUCUAGUUGUUUUGAGCGGAUAUGUCUCUCAAUGAAUUUGAAACAUGCUGCUUCAUUUUAAAAAUUGGAGAGAUGACCCAGAUCGAGAUAUAACAAAAUAUGUACUUUUCAGAUAUUUUUCCGGGGGCUACUUAAUUAGUCCAAAGAAAUGAAACUUUUAGUCAUUCGUUUCAAAUAUUAGACAUGCUUUUGUUUUCUGAUAUAUACAUACAAACACUGAUGUUUUCUGUUUUUAUAUAUGUAUAAGUGUAAUUGCAUGUAAAUAUUUAAAUAUAUAACCUAUCAAUUUAUCAAGGAGAGCCUUUAAAUUAUCAUAAAAAAUAUUACAUAGGCCAACUUUUGUUUGAGUCUGUAGCCAUCUUAAAUGUACCAAACAUUUUCAUUUGGAGAAAUGCAUAUUCUAAGCACCCAGUUUUUUUAUAUUCUACUUUCAUUUCUGUUGGAAUUCCGAGUUAUUAAAAUUUAAAAUUAAAAUUAAAAAAAAAAAAAAAAAAAAAAUACUCAGUAGAUGUACUACUACUAAUAAUCAAGGAGUUCUGUAUGAACAUCAUGUCCUGUGUGCAUUGUUCACAACUGCUGCACAUUCUUCACAGGAAUGGCUAUCAUUACAAUUUGUAAAGAAUUAUCAUAGGCAAAAACACUAAAUAAGAAAAUAGUCAAAACUAUUCAUCAAGUCUUAAAACUCAUCUCUUGCACAUUUCCCUGUAGCUGUAGAAUCAGGUGAAGGAACUCAAGUCUGUAGAGAAAUCCUAAAAUACGCAGCUCAUGUUAGAAUCAUUACAUCCAAAGACCUUGGUUAAACAUGAUUUAGUAGCUAGGCUGCAGUGCAUUUUUAUCAAUAUUACUGUGCAAAAGUGAAUUUUCUUGAUGUCAGGUAGUCUAUAAGGCAGACUGUUUUUGUUUCCUCAUUCUAUGAAUAUCAUAUUGAUUAUAUACAUACACGCAAGUCUUAUAAUAGAAGUGUAUAUAUUUAUAUGUACAACAAUUUUAGCUCAGUUGACGUGGAUCUUCAAAUGAAAUAGUUCUGGACAUUAUUUUACUCAGAUCUAUUAUAAUGUACCUUAGUCAACUGAGUUUCUUUAAUUUGCAUUCAUGCUGCUGAAGGUCAUGCAUAUUACUUCUACAAGUAAAAGUCUCCUCAUAUAAAAAUAAAUAUGAUCAUUAAAAAUAUGAUGUAAUGUACAAAAAUUAAAACUUUACACACACAUGCAUGAUGAUAACAUAGAAUUAUAGUGUUCCCAGCUGAACCUACAGCAGAUCUGAUCUAAAUUUAAUGUUAUAUUGACACCCUUAUGGUCUAAUAUCAGAAUCAACAUUAUACCUAUUGAUACCCUAUAUUACAAAUAAAUUAGGAUGUAAAUUUCUAGUGUGUCCUCUACAUGUGGUAUAUGCAUUCCCUAGCUGACAGUGGCUCUGGCUGCAGGCAGUCUGCAGAGACUUCUCAUUGAUCACUUGUGGAACACAUAAUCACAUGCAGUGUCAAAAUCUGUGAGAGUUAGUCACAUUGUCAAUUCUCCAUUUUUUUCAUGAAUGCUGGAAAAUCAAUUUUGGAGCAGUUCCUUUAAAUCGCUGUGAAACAAUCUAAAAGGGAUGAUGUGCUUGCAUGUGGUUACAUGAGGAAAAAUUUUGCCUUUGGUAUGUCUAAAGUGCAGAUAAUUUAUUACUGGUUUUUCUGUGUGUAUUGACUCUGGGACUUUAUUGAUUGGAUUAAUUUUGCGUUAGUCAUCCGCUCUUAAAGUGUUCUGGCUGGACUGCACACUGUGCAAUAAAUGCAGACAUCCAUGUUCCACAUUGUGUGUAUGUGCGAACAGAAAUAAAAAUUUUAAAGCUUGACAGAAUGACAUGUGGAUUGCACAAGGAAGUUAGCUCAUGAUGUUCAGCUAUUGUGUGUUUUAACAUCGAGUUGUGUGUACAGACCACUGGUUUGUAUUUCAUUUCUUGAUGGCUUCCAAUAUGUUAUGUGUAACUAGCUCACAUAGUGGAGAGGAAUUUCUGCGGAACAAGAAUCGGUCUCGCUCCGUGGGGGGAUCACCACUCGAGUCACCGCGAAGCAGCAGACUUCUCACACAGACCAGUCUCCACAGCAACCGCUGUCAGCGACAAAGGUCCUUUCGAAGAAAUGAAGACGAAAUAAAACGUUCUCGGUCACAGUCUGUGGCCUACGAACUGUCACAAGACUUACAGGACAAGCAGGUUGAAAUGUUAGAAAGAAAGUAUGGUGGAUCUAUACGAUCGCGGCGUGCCGCAAAAAUUAUCCAGAGGGCAUUCCGCCAGUAUACCAUGAACAAAAACUUUGAGAAAUUACGAAUAGCAGUUGGUGAACGUAGAUUUUCAAAACGUUUAUCAGAAUUGGGUAGAAGCAACACAGUAAGUGCUGAUGCAUAUUUCUUGGGUGGAUCACCAAUUUUACAAGGUAAUGGUGAAUUACAAAGACACUCGGACAUUCUAGGCAAGCGAGUGGACAGUGAUAAACUUCGAUUCGGUGAAAACCGACUGCGACAACAAAUGUCCUUGGACCAAAAUGUUAGAUUUGAUUCACAACUACCAUUCAGAAGAUCCUCUGAUAAAAGAAAGUUGGAACGGCACAAGGAGGUGGACUUAACGGAUAUUCCAAAAGACUUAAAAUCUGUCUCCAACGAAACUAAUAAUAACCGAAACUCUUGUCCUGAAAUGAAUGAAAGCAGUGCUAGUGAUUCUCCUCAGCCGACGCCAGUGGACAGCACGAUAGAUCCACACAGUCUGGAUUGUGAAACUCUAUUGGAAAAUAAAGAUACUGGUAUUGUGUUAGCAGAGAGUUUUCACAGUGAUCAGAGUCAUGCGGAUGGAUCGUUAUACCUGGGUGGUUACAAUCAUAAGAAAAUGUCCGCCUCAUCGCUAUAUUCCAAUGCAAGUACAGAUACAUUAGAAAAUAAUAAAAGUGAAUCAUAUGAUUCGUAUAAAUCCAAUUUCUCAGACUCUGGCUCCUAUGGUAGCCAGGGCGAUCUACAAAUCCGAAUAGACAACAUCCAGCCAGAAACGGUACGAACUCCUGAACAAAAACAAAUGGCAGAUCAAGCCCAUAAGUAUUACAUGCAACAGGAAAUCAAACUCCGUAAAAAUGACAGUUCUGGUUCUUUAUCUGGGAAAAAACCGCCUCAGGUACCAGUCAGAGUUCCCGAAGCCUCACCUAUAUGGAAACGUAAAGGCAUUAACACAAACGGAGCUCCGCCACCACCAGCUAGUGUUAACAAACUACAGGAACCAAAACGUAUGAGCAAUAUAUCCGAAAUCAGUGAAGCAGACUCUCUACUAGAGGUCCAGUGCUCAAGUUCUCCUAGCUCAGAAACUAUUAGUUUAGGUAGUGAGACCAGUUUAGGAUACCAGCGUAAAGUUCGCUUAAGUGGAACACCAGAACAUGGUGGACAUGGGGUGGUACAUAAAUCUGACAAGUCUCGGAAAAGGACUUACCGGAUAGGGCUCAAUAUGUUUAAUAAAAAACCAGAGAAGGGGAUUGUGUUCCUGUGUGAUCAUGGCUUUAUUGGGGAGACCCCGUCAGAAGUGGCCCAUUUUCUGAUCACCAGGAAGGGACUCAGUAAGCAGAUGAUUGGGGAGUACCUAGGGAACCUCCAGAAGCCAUUCAACCAACAAGUGUUAGAAUACUUUGCUCAAGAAAUUGACUUGUCCGGUCUCCAGGUGGACAUGGCCCUCAGGAAAUUCCAGUCCUACUUCAGAAUGCCCGGUGAAGCACAGAAGAUCGAGCGUUUAAUGGAGGCGUUUGCUGACCGUUACUGUGCAUGUAACCCUGACCAAAUCAAGAAUUUCCGAAAUCUGGACACAAUCUUCCUCUUAGCAUUCGCCAUCAUAAUGUUAAACACAGACUCUCAUAACUCCAGCAUUAAGGCCGAACGCAAAAUGAAAGUAGAUGAUUUCAUCAGGAAUCUGCGAGACAUAGAUGAUGGUCAAGAUGUGGACCGAGACAUGUUGAUUGGGAUCUACAACCGAAUCCAGGUCCAGGAGUUCCGCGCGGGGGUCGACCAUGUCACUCAGGUCAUGAAGGUCGAGCAGACGGUGGUAGGCAAGAAACCACAACUAGCUCUUCCCCACCGUCGCCUGGUGUGUUACUGUCGUUUGUAUGAAGUCCACGAUCCGAACAAAAAAGAGAAAAUUGGUCUCCAUCAGCGAGAAGUCUUCCUGUUCAAUGACCUACUUUUGAUUACGAAAAUAUUCAGUAAGAAGAAGUCGGGCAUUACCUACUCUUACAAACAGUCCUUCUCACUCAGCGGCAUGCAGGUCUAUCUGUUUGAAACCUCACAUUAUCAGUACGGCGUGCGGCUGGUGGGAGGUGUGAACAAUAAAGUACUAAUCACGCUGAAUGCUAGAAAUGACCACGAUCGACAAAAAUUUGUGGAUGAUCUAAGGGAGGCAAUUUUGGAGACCAAUGGAAUGGAAACGAUACGUAUAGAAGAAGAGCUGCAGAAACACAGUGCCAAUCACAACACGCUCGACAGACAUUAUGCAAAUGACGACUCGCGUGUAUUAAUGUACGAGCUCAUGAAGCCAUCAGAUCCAUCUAUAAAUAGGCUGUCAGCCCCCGACUGCCCCGCCUUACAGAAACUUCCUCUGUCCAAUUCUCUUACUGAUCUAUGUCAAGGUCAAGGGAUGAGGAGAGGUAGCAGUGGUGGAUCUUUGGACAGUGGAGUGGCGUCUGGAGGAUCCGGGGGAGUGGUGGUAUAUGGGGACAUGACAUCACAGAACAGUCAGACCAGUCUACAUUCCCGGGGGUCACCAGCCACCCCCAAAACCAGCCAAAUUAGUCUACAGUCUCUGGGAUCACCCACGAUACAGUCAGGGGUCAAAGGUCGAAGGAAACAGGCAGUGUCACUCAGGAAGGGGUUGCCAGUGGGUACAGAUGUCUGAAAAGGUGUGCAGUAAAAGUCUCAAGGUCGUAACCUAGGUGACAACGCAAGGCACGCCUGACAGGAAAGUGCUGUGCAUUCUUGCUGGCCGGAUGAAAAAUAUGUUCUGUGCAACAAUAACUAAGAUGCUGGCAUCAUGAACACAGAACUGAGCAUGGACACCGCCUGUUCAUGGGUUAAAGAUGAAAGGUCACUGGAUGUCAUGCUGGUCACAUGCGAAAGAAAAAAUAUUGUCACAAGAACUUAAUCAUGUCCUAGAUAGGGAAUACCGGAACAUGUCGAAUUCAUGUAGUGCAAUGAUGUAAUAAACUUGUAAUCAAAUUGUUAUGUUUUAGAAUACUAUGAUAAUAUAUUCUAAAGUUUUACACAAUCCAGCAGGAAAUAUUGAACAACUUGUUUUGUAACACUUUUACACACAAGUCUGAAAAAAGUGUUGGCAUGUUUGACGUUUGUUCACUUUGCCAAAUAGUGGUGUUUCAAUGUGCAUGUCGGUGUAUAGCUGGAAUCGACUUUGUGAUAACAAAUUGAAAUCUCAUCAAAUCUAAUGACAUUUAAUAUUUAUUUAUUAAAAUCAUGUGAUGUAGAAUUUAUAGUACAUGUGUGUAUUGUGGAUGUAAAUUUCAUUGUAAAUUCAAAUAGGUGUGGUAGAUAUCCAUCAUAGGGUGUGAGUGUUCACUGUAUAUUUUAUGCUUACUUCUUUUUAUGAAGGAAAAAAUUGGUACUGUUAAUGUCAGUUGAUUUUCUGUUGCUUAGGAAAUAAUUUUUUUAUUAAUGAAUUCAGUAAAUGCUUUUUUAAAAAGCUCAUGAAUAUCUGUGUCCAAGUUUAUGACAUAAUACAAAACUAUAUUGUUUUUGAAAUCUACACAGAACAGUAUGUAAUAGGGGAAAAUAUUGUUUUCUUAAAAAUAUCUGUGUCCAAGUUUAUGACAUAAUACAAAACUAUAUUGUUUUUGAAAUCUACACAGAACAGUAUGUAAUAGGGGAAAAUAUUGUUUUCUGAAAUCAACAUGUAACAACAACACUAUCUGUGCCCAUGGCUUGCAUAGAUGUACAUUGUAUAUCCUACUCGUCUAGAAUUUGCAAAUUGCAAUAAUUUCUUUCUGUAUUGAGGUACUUUGAAUUUUCACCUGACAUUUAAACUUUAAGCUAAAAGUUAUAUAUUGAUGUAUCAAUCAGCACAUUUAAAUGCAUUGAAGUUCUAAUUAUCAUAUACCUUUACUUGAAAUUAAUAUUUCUGAAUUUGUGAAAUAUAAUGCACUUUUUGGUUAAUAUAUAAAUGACUACUUUUUUGUAAAAUUCCGUAAACAGUUUGGCAGAUUUUGUGAAGUUCUGUGUCUAGACUAGUUGAUUAGUAUAAUUAGUUCAGUUUAAGAUUUCUGAUUCCAGACGAAGCCUACACAGUAUUAAUGAUGGUGCACAGUUACAUAAUGUACUAGAAGUACUGAGGACCAAGGCUACUGUGAGCUAGUGUCUCUUAUCAGUACAAUUUUUUUUUGUCUGUCAUAAUCUGCAAUAAACAUUUUUUUUAAAUGUCAGAUACAUGUAUAUGGAGAAAUAUUUGUUCUUGUUAGUUUCAGGAACCCACAAAGAGAAAAUAAAAACAGCAUAUAAACAUA